UUCAAAAGGAAACAUGCCCAGAAAAAGCUCGAGUAACCUGCAAACCGAUGCUCCGAAUCCAAAGUCACAAAACAAUCGGAUAGCGAAUGAAAAAUUGGAGACUCGAGAUUUCCACGACGUUUUGGAGAGUGUCGCAUGGCUGUGGCGUAUUUUCGGAGUAUUUCCGAUUGCCACCGAAGCCUCGAUCGGCAUUAAGAAAUACAAUAUAACGAAAUUCCUCGGCGUUUAUAGUUCAUUGGUAUUUGGGAUAUGCGUGGGGAAUUUCUUAUACGUAUCGAUAAACUACGAUUUUUACUUCAAUGGCGGACCGUUUCGAGUGACGUCUGGUACCGCCAUAAUCCGAUCUUUCGGCAACAUCUUAUGCGUUGUUGCGUCAACGGCUUAUCGGCUUCUUAAAUAUUAUGAGCUAUCAGAAUCGAUUAACAACAUCAUGGUACAGGGCAUGAUUUUGGAGACAACGAGUCGUAGAUCGGAUUGCGAAUUUGUUGUGAAAAUCGUACGGAUAUACGUCUGGACAACAAUUUUCGCUGUUAUUUUCCUUAUUUUGUUCGAAGUGUAUGUAGUUCACCGUUACGAUACGAUUGUCUCAUCGACGCACACAAUUUGGACCAUAAGUCUCCUGGUUCAGGUGAUCAGCCUCACAGUAUUCACAACUUUGGUCACUCUACUUGGACUGAACUUUCGCAGUUUGAACAGGAAAAUACGAAUCGUAGUGAAGAGAGCCAACGCAUCGUCGCCGAAGGUCCUUGUAGCUUCGAACGAUUGGGCUGAACGAAUACGUUUCAUGUCAAAAAUGCACUUCAAUCUGUGUGCAGUAGGAAAACGACUGAAUCGUAUCUUCGACAUAGAAGUGAUAAUCAGUGUCACAGUUGCCUUCGUCAUCUUGAGCACAACUCUGUAUCACAUUUUCUACGAAGUUGAAAAAAAAGGGGAAACGAAUUUCGCGCAAAUUCUUACUCACAUCUACUGGGAGUUGUACCAUAGCAUUCCAAUCAUAACCAUUGUUGCGGUCUGCAAUUUCACAUCGCUUCAGAGCGUUGGUGCUGGCGAACUAAUCCACGAUAUUGAAGUGGAAAGUACGGAUUCCGACUUGUAUCGAGCUCUCAAAUCCUUCUCGUUGCAGCUGCAUCACCAAAAACUUGAAUUUACGGCCGGUGGCUUUUUCCCUAUCAAUUCGGAGCUCUUACAGACGAUGGCAGCAAAAAUCACCACUUACUUGGUUAUUCUGAUCCAAUUUCAACCAAAACUGAACUAACUUCCUGGGACUCAAAUAUUCCAUUGUUUAUUAUUGAUCGAGUUCAAAACGCAUUUGGCACAUUUUUCCUUUGAAUUUUUCCUCUUCAAUCCUCAGGUUUUGGAACGACUCACGCAACGGACAUCGCAAGACCUUAAAAAUCUCAAAGUAAAGAAAGUUUUCUUAUCCCAAAAUUGCGCAUUGCGUCGUAGCUUCCCGUAAUGGUCAAUCAGCCUGCUACUAAGCAUUUUUCAAGGAAAAUUCGCUGAUAGGAAUUCUCAUAUUCAUCUGGUUCUAAAACUAUGAAAAUUUAGUGAAAAAAAUACUAUCAUUAAUGUGCUUGAAUGUACCGAUGAAACCUUAGACAUGUUCAAAUAAAUUGUGGUUGCGAUGCCAGCACUUUUCGAUAA